UUGGUCGUGUGUGACUUUUCGUCGUCGAGUAACCAUUGAAGGAAGAUCAGCUCUGCUGUAUCAUGAAAGCUAUCGUUGUUUUUGCGUUUUUGAUAAUGGCUGUUGCAGGAAUGGAACCAAAUUGCAGAGAUAUCUUCUCCGCAAAGAGUUGCUGYAUCGCAAAAGGAAGGAACGAGUGCGCAAAGAACUCGACAAUCAGCCGCGUGUACUGCCAGUUGACCUGCAACACUUGUUCAAGCAUCUCGUCAUGCGAUAAGAGUGUCCCACUUGGUAUGGAAAGCAAAGCCAUUCCUGAUAGCAAGAUCACUGCCUCGUCGGCAUGGGCGUGGUAUGAUGCAAGGUUUGCAAGACUGAAUGGYUACGCAGGUGGUGGCUGGGGACCAAAGAAAAACAGCGACAAAGAAUGGCUCCAAGUUGACCUCAGUGAUGCGCACGUGGUAACAGGCAUAGCAACACAAGGAUCAGCUCAAUCAUCUCAAUGGACGACAAGUUAUACUAUACAGUACACCUUGGAUGGUAGCAUGUUUAUCGAUUAUCAAUCAGGCMAAGUCAUGACGGGAAACAAGGAUCCAAUCACGGUGGUGAAGCACGAUUUAAGGCAAUUUGUUGCUCGGUAUAUUCGACUCAUUCCUAAAAGUUGGCACAGUUGGGUGGUCAUCCGAAUGGAGCUUUACGGAUGCAAAAAAGCGUGACGUGCAAGAUGAAAAAGAGUAAAGYAUGGCAAACAGUAACAGAUUAAAUAAUGAAUAUCAUUGUAACGCAACAAAAAUAACUAUUCUGAUUACAAUAUAUCUAAUAAAGUGAAAG